AUGUCAAGCCAGCCCACUACUCUUCAGUCCCAGACUGGCAUCCAACGUCACGGCGAGAUUUCAUCCCAAGCCCAGAAGCCAACAACUGCUCUGGAAGAAGAUGAUGAGUUCGAGGAUUUUCCUGUUGAAGAUUGGCCUCAAGAAGAUGCCGAGGCACUUGGCCCAGCGGGAACAAACAAUGAUCAUCUGUGGGAGGAAAGCUGGGAUGACGAUGAUAGCAAUGAGGAAUUCUCUAGACAAUUGAAGUGA